CUGAAAAUACCUUCUUUCCAUAACUAUUCGGAAGUGAAGAAAGUAAAAUUAGUAGUUAUCGAAUUCACAUAUUAUGCACUGAUAUGGUGGGAUCAGAAUGUUAAUAGUAGAAGAAGGAGUGGAGAGAGGCUGGUAGCGUCGUGGGAGGAGAUGAAAGUGUUGAUGAGAAGGCGAUUUGUGCCUAACCACUAUUAUAGAGAUUUGUAUUUGAAAUUGCAGGGUUUGAAUCAGGGUUCUAGGUCCGUGGAUGAGUAUUUCAAGGAGAUGGAGAUUGCCAUUAUUCGGGCCAAUGUGAUUGAGGAUCGGGAAGCUACCAUGGCUAGAUUUCUAAAUGGGCUGAAUAGGGACAUUGCGAAUGUUGUAGAAUUACAACAUUGUGUGGAAUUGGAGGACAUGGUCCAUAUUGCAACGAAGGUGGAGAGGCAAAUAAAGAGAAGGGGCAGUACAUGUUUUCAGACCAAUUCGGCUUCAUCUUCCUCAACAUGGAGGCCGAAUUUGAAAAGAGAGGGGGCUGUCCAACCAAAGCCUUAUGCAAAAGUCGAACCAUCUAAGGCCAAAAAGGAUACUCAUAUGGAUGGGAAAGGUAAAUCUGAAUCUCAACCUACUCGUCAUAGAGAUAUUAAAUGCUUUAAGUGUUUAGGGAAGGGGCACAUUGCAUCUCAGUGUCCAAACCGAAGAGUUAUGCUUACAAGAGACAAUGGGGAGGUUGAAUCUGAAAGUGAAGAGAUGCCACCUUUGGUGGAUUGUAGUGAUGAGGAGAUUGCAUAUCCUAUUGAGGGGGAGGCCUUGGUUAUAAGGCGUGCGCUGAACAUGCAAAUCAAAGAAGAUGAUAUAGAUCAGCAACGGGAAAAUAUAUUUCACACUCGAUGUCACAUCCAAAAGAAGGUAUGUAGCAUGAUAAUUGAUGGAGGUAGUUGUGCUAAUGUUGCUAGUGAUACUUUUGUGAAGAGAUUGAAUCUGAGUUGUGUUAAGCAUCCGAGGCCUUAUAGAUUGCCAUGGUUGAAUGAAUGUGGUGAAGUGAGGGUUAGUAAGCAGGUUGUGAUUGCGUUUGCUAUUGGGAAGUAUUCUGAUGAGAUUUUAUGUGAUGUAGUCCCAAUGCAUGCUAGUCACUUACUUUUGGGGCGUCCAUGGCAGUUUGAUCGGGAAGAGUUUGAUGAUGUAUUCCCUGAAGACAUCCCUAAUGGAUUACCACCAUUAAGGGGGAUUGAACAUCAAAUUGAUCUUGUGCCCGGAGCUUCAAUUCCUAACCGUCCAGCCUAUAGAAGCAACCCCGAGGAGACGAAGGAGCUUCAAAGGCAAGUAGAUGCGUUGAUGAUGAAGGGGUACAUUCGUGAGAGUAUGAGUCGUUGUGCUGUGCCAGUGCUACUUGUGCCUAAAAAGGAUGGUACAUGGAGGAUGUGUGUCGAUUGUCGUGGUAUCGAGAUGGACGAGGAGAAAGUUAAGGCCAUCCGGGAUUGGCCUACACCAAAAUCGGUAAGUGAGGUAAGGAGUUUUCAUGGACUUGCUAGUUUUUAUAGAAGGUUUGUGAAGGAUUUUAGUACUAUUGCUGCACCUUUAACUGAAAUUGUGAAAAAAUCUGUUGGAUUCAAAUGGAAUGAUGAACAGGAUGAGGCUUUUAAUUUGUUGAAAGAUAAACUUUGUUCGGCACCUGUUUUAGCUUUGCCAGACUUUACGAGAGCUUUUAAAGUUGAAUGUGAUGCGUCAGGUAUUGGUAUAGGAGCUGUGCUAAUGCAGGAUAGGAGGCCCAUUGCGUAUUUCAGCGAAAAACUUAAUGGGGCAGCCUUAAAUUACCCUACAUAUGACAAGGAGCUCUAUGCCUUGGUAAGAACUUUAGAGACGUGGCAACAUUACCUGUGGCCCAAGGAGUUUGUGAUACAUUCUGAUCAUGAAUCAUUGAAGCACUUGAAAGGGCAAGAUAAACUUCAUCGGAGACAUGCCAAAUGGGUUGAAUUUAUUGAAACCUUUCCGUAUGUGAUCAAGUAUAAGCAAGGGAAAGAAAACAUUGUGGCUGAUGCACUUUCGCGCAGACUUGAUGGAUAUUUAUUUAAAGAGAAUCGUUUGUGUGUUCCAUUAAGUUCUAUGCGUGAAUUGCUUGUACGUGAAGCACAUGGAGGCGGGUUGAUGGGGCAUUUUGGUGUUGUUAAGACUUUGGAUAAGUUGCAUGAGCAUUUUUAUUGGCCUAAAAUAAAAAAAGAUGUGCAACGCAUAUGUGAUAAAUGCUUGUAUACCCCUUUGCCUGUACCGAAAGAACCAUGGGUAGACGUUUCAAUGGACUUCGUCUUAGGUUUACCUAGGUCAAAACGGGGUAGGGAUUCCAUCUUUGUAGUUGUUGAUAGGUUUUCAAAGAUGGCACACUUCAUUCCAUGUCAUAAAACUGAUGAUGCAACUAACAUUGCUGAUUUGUUCUUUAGGGAGAUAGUACGGCUUCACGGGGUCCAUAAGAGCAUUGUUUCUGAUAGAGAUGUUAAGUUCGUUAGCUAUUUUUGGAAGGUGUUAUGGGGAAAAUUGGGUACUAAACUGUUGUUUUCUACUUGUCACCCCCAAACAGAUGGACAAACCGAAGUAGUUAAUAGGACCUUAACACAACUUAUGCGUGCUGUCAUUCAAAAGAACUUAAAGAAUUGGGAAGAUUGUUUGCCAUUUAUAGAGUUUGCAUAUAAUCGUAGUCUGCACUCUACUACUGAAUUUUCACCAUUUGAAAUUGUGUAUGGAUUUAACCCUUUAACUCCAAUGGAUUUGAUUCCUUUGCCAAUUGAUGAAAGGCCCGACGAUUGGGUUUGGGUGCAUAUGCGCAAGGAGAGAUUUCCGGCCCAUAGGAAAUCAAGGCUACAACCACGAGGAGAUGGGCCAUUUCAGAUCCUUGAGAGGAUCAAUGACAAUGCUUAUAAAGUUGAUUUGCUAGGUGAGUAUGGCAUUAGUGCUACCUUUAAUGUUUCUGAUCUUACUCUGUUUGAUGUACGUGAUGAUUCGAGGUCGAAUCCUUUUGAAGAGCGAGGGGAUAAUACGGAUUAGCCCAACACCAAGCGUAAUCAUGCCAACGACCCAUUGGUGAUGCCAAUUGGGCCAAUCACAAGAGCUAGGGCAAAGAAGCUUAAAGAAGCAUUGAAUGGGCUUGUAAGACCCCCAGUUGUUGAGACUCGUCUGCAUCCUAUCUGCUUUUGUGCUAAUGUUGAAAAUCGGAUUCUCGCCAAAGACAGACAUGCACACCAUCCCCACGCGAAAGCACUACCUUCUUGCUCUCAUGUAGCGAAUAAAGUUAGCACUGCCUUCCUUAUUCGCUUAACGAGAGCCAACCUCUAA